CCUGCGGUCACGCACAGCCAGCCCGCAGCGGCAGCCGCAGCGAUGCUCGCCAGCAGGUUGGGGAAGUUUCCCGCCGGCCCUGGCCACGGGCCCCAGUGCUCGCAGGUGUAGCGCCCGGGCUCGGUGCCGGAGGCUGGGCGUCUCCAACAUGACCCGCCGGAGCCUGUGGGACGUGUCGGAGGCCAGCGUCGAGGACGGAGACAUCCGCAUCAACGUCGGGGGCUUCAAGAGGCGGCUGCGCUCGCACACGCUGCUGCGCUUCCCGGAGACCCGCCUGGGCCGCCUGCUGCUGUGCCACUCGCGCGAGGCCAUCCUCGAGCUCUGCGACGACUACGACGACGUCCAGCGCGAGUUCUACUUCGACCGCAACCCCGAGCUCUUCCCCUACGUGCUGCACUUCUACCACACCGGCCGGCUGCACGUCAUGGCCGAGCUGUGCGUCUUCUCCUUCAGCCAGGAGAUCGAGUACUGGGGCAUCAACGAGUUCUUCAUCGACUCCUGCUGCAGCUACAGCUACCACGGCCGCAAAGUGGAGCCCGCGCAGGAGAAGUGGGAGGAGCAGAGCGACCAGGAGAGCACCUCGUCAUCCUUCGACGAGAUCCUGGCCUUCUACAACGACGCCUCCAAGUUCGAGGGGCAGCCCCUGGGCAGCUUCCGGCGGCGGCUGUGGCUGGCGCUGGACAACCCGGGCUACUCGGUGCUGAGCCGGGUCUUCAGCAUCCUGUCCAUCCUGGUGGUGUUGGGGUCCAUCAUCACCAUGUGCCUCAACAGCCUGCCGGACUUCCAGAUCCCCGACAGUCAGGGCAACCCUGGCGAGGACCCCCGGUUCGAAAUCGUGGAGCACUUCGGCAUCGCCUGGUUCACGUUUGAGCUGCUGGCCAGGUUCGCGGUGGCCCCUGACUUCCUCAAGUUUUUCAAGAACGCCCUCAACCUUAUCGACCUCAUGUCCAUCGUCCCCUUUUACAUCACUCUGGUGGUGAACCUGGUGGUGGAGAGCACGCCUACCUUGGCCAACUUGGGCAGAGUGGCGCAGGUCCUGAGGUUGAUGCGGAUUUUCCGCAUCUUAAAGCUGGCCAGGCACUCCACUGGCCUCCGCUCCCUGGGGGCCACCCUCAAGUACAGCUACAAAGAAGUCGGGCUGCUUUUGCUCUACCUCUCCGUGGGGAUUUCCAUUUUCUCCGUGGUGGCCUACACCAUCGAAAAGGAGGAGAACGAGGGCCUGGCCACCAUCCCCGCCUGCUGGUGGUGGGCCACCGUCAGUAUGACCACCGUGGGGUAUGGGGACGUGGUCCCGGGAACCACGGCAGGGAAGCUGACUGCCUCUGCCUGCAUCCUGGCGGGUAUCCUCGUGGUGGUACUGCCCAUCACCUUGAUCUUCAACAAGUUCUCCCACUUUUAUCGGCGCCAAAAGCAGCUUGAGAGUGCUAUGCGCAGCUGUGACUUUGGAGAUGGGAUGAAGGAGGUCCCUUCCGUCAAUUUAAGGGACUACUAUGCCCAUAAAGUUAAAUCCCUCAUGGCGAGCCUGACAAACAUGAGCAGGAGCUCGCCAAGCGAAUUAAGUUUAAAUGAUUCCCUACAGUAGCAGGGAGGACUUGUCCUCAAAACCACGUUGUUGAGCUGCCUCUCGGGCCUCUGGCACAGUCCAGGCACCUUGGGGUUAUGGCAUAAGGAGUAUGGCCAGCCCCAGAGGGGAGAGAUGCAUGGGCAUUGCAUCCAGGUUGCUUCUACAGUAGUUAGAAUCGUUUUUAGAGGGUGGUGUGCCUGGCACCAUGCCUUCACGCCUUUCAGUGAAAUGACACUCACUGGUGUUGGCAUCAUGGGCAUAACAUGCUCGCCUUUCUGCUGGACGAAUACCCCCCAGAAUGCUAACUUUUCUGUUCACCGUGUUCUCGAGUGCUCGUGGUCUAGUACUGUCUGUGAGGUUUCUGUGCUCUUUUUCUAAGGUUGUUGUGUGAGAUCUGUACAAAAAACCCCUACAUGUCUGUCCAGUGGAAACACAUCUAUGGGGUCAGCAAGGAUAUGACGGGAUUUUGCUCAUGUCACAUGAAAACAAAAUCUCCGUUUUUUUUAUUCAUUGCUUUCAAAACAAAGAGAAUGUGAAGUUAAGCACAUGCCCAAUGCAAGUCUGUGAGUUGUGUUAUGAAUGAUCGUAGCUCUGGGACUUGCAUGGGUACCUGGUCACCUUUAGAACACUGUGCAUUGAUGUUCAUCUCUUAAAUGUUGCUCUUUAGAGAAUGUUACUCUGUUAAACAUGUAGUGAAGAUAGAAAUGUUUUCCCUAGAACAGCUGCUUUAGGGACAGGGGCUUCAACUAAACAUAGGCCAGAUUGUAGGAUGCUUGCAGACUUUUCAAAGGCGGGCCUCUGUCUUUCCUAGGGUGACCGUGCAGGCAUUUAUUUCUGGCUGAGGUUCCUGGUCUAGCCCAUUUGACCAAACUUUGCUGUGUCUUAGAUAUUAGCAUGUUUUUGAAAUAUUAAUUUUUUAAAAUGUUUAGAAAUAAGGUCGAAUUGUCUUUUUCCACUAAAAAGAGGUUUACCGUUGUGUUGUUUCCCUGAGGAACAUUGUUGGGUUGCUAGCAAGGCCAGUAGUUUAGAAAUCUUGUUGCCUGUUCUGCAAGCUUGUAAAAUGAGGGCCCUUUUAUUUCCAAGCAGAGUUUACUUAGGUAAUUUUGCUUCUAGGAUAUAGUAUGCUACAUGCAAUGCUGUAAUUUCCUUGUUAUGACAUGGAAAUCUGGUGGCAUGGAAGUGUGUACUCAAAAUACAGAAAUGCAUGAAAGCUGUGUUGCUUACCCAGGAUGGAAAUACUACCAUUCCUAUUUCCAUUUCAACUGCCUUUUGUUGGAGGAGGGUGGGUAGAGGACAGAAAAAAGAAAAGAGCUGUAAAACAAAACAUUGCUA